AUGUCCGACAAAAUAAACAUGUCCUUGGACGACAUCAUCAAGCUAAACAAGAAGGGAGGCUCUGGAGGCCGCGGUCCGUCCAAAGUUCCCCGGGGAAGUUCAGGGCGAACCGGCGCCAGACCCAACAACAGCUUCAGGCGGAACAACUACGCGAACAACAGGCCCGCGCCUUACACACGGCCAAGAGAACUCCCCGACAAAUGGCAGCACGACAAAUUUGAAGAAAGUUUCGGUGGCUCGAGGAGACAAGUCUCUCAAGUCUCUGCUGGCAGAUCUGUAGAGGCUGGUUGUAAACUGCUCAUUUCCAAUCUAGAUUUUGGCGUUUCUGAAUCCGAUAUCCAGGAGCUGUUCGCAGACUUUGGGGAACUGAAGAAAACCUCAGUACAUUAUGACGCAUCAGGAAGAAGUAAUGGAACAGCAGAGGUCUUGUUUGUGAAUAAAGCAGAUGCACUUAAAGCAAUGAAACAGUACAACGGUGUGCCGCUGGACGGCCGACCAAUGAAAAUCCAGCAUGUGGUGGAGGCACAAGAGGAAAGGGCUGCUGCAAGAGGUUUUGACAGGAGUAGACUUGGUCGGGCCAAGUUUGAGAGGCCUGAGAGGAGGCGAGGAGGAGGAGGAGGAGGCGGCGGUCGCCGGGAAGGUGGUGGUGGCGGCGGCGGUCGCGGAGGACCUCGUGAGAAAAAGCCACAGCUUUCAGCAGAAGAGCUGGACGCCCAGUUGGACGAGUACAAUGCUAAGUUUCAGAUGGACACCAGCUAA